UCCAAAACAAUCAGCGUGUACAAAGGCUGAUCGCGAGGUGAAACACAAAUUGUGAAAAGUGGUAGCUUGUCGAUCUAGGGUAUGAGACAAGAGACAUUUAGCUGCUUAGUAUGGGUCAUCACUGAACGGCAGCAGCUAAAGCUCAGCAUAACAACAGUGUUUUAAGUAAACUGGAAGAUAAACCAAUCAAUGGAAACAGACACGUGAAUGAUCUUCAGAGAAAGAAUAAUCAAGACUCAAGACAACAACAAGAUAAGACUCCAAAACUGAAGUACCUUUAACUGUACUACAAGGCUCCGUAAGCUGUUGAACCGAGCAAAUACAGAUAAACGAUAUGAUGCUAUCAGCUUAAAUUCAAAAACAGUUAUAAAGCAGGAAAAACAUUUCAUACUUUAGUUAAUUUACGUUGAAAUUUCAUGUCAUGGAUAAGAGUUCAGAUACAGAUGAUCUAACCACUCAAGGAGGCGAAGGACCGCACGUAAAGACGUACAACUACGAAGGAGACAGAAACACGCAGGGUGAACGCCACGGCAAAGGCAAGGCAACAUUACCCAACGGGGAUACGUACGAAGGAACAUAUGAGCACGGCUUGCGUCACGGAAAAGGAAAAUACGUGUUCAACUCGCAGAACAAGGCGGUAUAUGUUGGCGAGUAUCAGUUCAAUCGGAAAAACGGACGCGGAACCUUUAUGUAUCCGGACGGGUCAAAAUAUGAAGGACACUGGAAAGAUGAUAAAAGGCAUGGAUUUGGCGUAUACUUUUACGGCAACGGUGACGUUUACGGAGGGGAAUGGGUGAAUGACCAAAGGCACGGACGAGGGACUUACAAAUACGCCGCGGAUAUGAUGGUUUAUGAAGGGCUAUGGAAAAACGGAAAGCGGCACGGUGACGGGAAACUGAUAUUUGGUGAUAAUUUCUAUGAAGGCCAGUUUGCUGAGGACAAAAUGCUUGGACCAGGGCGAUACGUGUUCAAGGACGGUAGCCAACAAAUUGGUGAAUAUCACCUUGAAAAGGUAGAAUCGAACAACUCCAGCAUAGAACAAGAUGAAAAUGGAAGAACAGUAAAGAAUAGCAGAGAAUACAUAACCAAGUGGAAAUGUAAGAAAAGGAUUCUCGCAAAUUCGCAGAAAGGCCUUGUACCUGAAGAGGUGUAGGAUUUGUGAAGGGAAAAAAUGGGGAAGAGAGUUAUGAAGUAUCAUUUGCAGGCUGCUUACGACAUCAAUACAAUGCACGGUAGCACAUCCAUCAUUGUCAUUGACAUCUUAAUGAGGGGUUCUAAACACCUUAGGCUGUAAUUUUUCCAUUUUUCCAAGACAGAGAAGCAUUUAAAGAAAUAGUUUUGUUUGUUUAAAUGAGAUAGGGGUUCGAUUACAAUAAAAUAUCAAACAAAUUUAUCAGCAAUGCGUAUAGUUUAUUCAGUUCUUUACAUCAGGAGAUAGAAUCAAUCGUCUAGAAACUGUUGCAAUGACUCGGUUUAUAUCGGAAUGAAAUAUAAUCUUAGUUGCAUGUUUUGAGCAUUUUCAGUGUAAGUGCAACAGGAAUAGCCUAAAUAGUCAUUGUAUGAGUAAACUGCAUACGCACUUAGAAGCAUUGAUGCACUAAAUGACACUUUAGCAAUAUGCUAAGCAUCGAAGAGAUAUUAGUUUUGCGACGAAUAUUGAACUAUACCAUCUUCCCUAGAAAUUAGUCAAGUACUUUACUUAAAAAACUAUUGUGAUUUAGAUGGCAAUUUUUUCAAAUAAAAAGGAC